AUGGAAAGCCGCCCCAACCGAAUCUUCAACCCCACAAACGCCCGCAUCAUCCACGAUCUCAAAGACGACGUCUGCAGACUAGCCUCCUCCUCCUCCUCCUCGGCGGUAGUCAUCGCCGUGCGCGCCCGCGUCCGGCACAGCACGGCCGUCACGGGCGCGUACGGCGUCUCCUUCAAGUUCGACGAUCGGGACCUCGCGGGGCCUGUUCCGGGGGAGGUGCUGACGGGGGGAAAUAAGGGCGCCGAGAUCUUCGCGGCUAGGAGGGGUCUGCAAGCUGUGUGGGACAUUCGGGGUACGAUCGUGCUUGGCCUGGUGGUGGUGAAGGUCGCGCUGGCGUACAUCCCGCGGAUUGCGAACGACUUGGUCUGGGGCUGGGAGAGGGAUGGCUAUGUGGAUGCGGGUGGCGAGGCGGUGACGUGUGCCCGAGAGAUUCAGAUGCUGCAUCGUGUCUGUCUCGAUCUGGAGAGGUCCGGUAUUGCGGUCAAGUUCUGGCUGGACUCGCGGGAUGCGCCUAUGAAUAGGGAAGCCAACAGGCUGGCGUGGUCAGCCAUCGAUACGAAGCUCUAG